UCCUUCCUUGCUCGCCUCGCUCUUGCUUGGUGGGGAGGAGAGGGGAGGGAUGCUUGUCACCUACUCUUAAGUUCCCCCACUUCUCCCUCUCGCACUUCUUCCGCCUCUUUUUCCAUCGGAGUAUUGUUUUUCUUGAGGCCCAAAGCCAGCACAGAGCAAAGCAAAGGGAGAAAGCAAGGGAGGGAGGGAGGGUGGGGGCCAAAGGUUAAGGAAGCAAGCAGCUGCUCUGCUCGCUCACUCCUCGAGCAUUGCAGCAGCGCUUGCUCUGUGCUGGUCUUGCUCGGCUGCUCUUCGUGCUGCCUGCGCGGAUCCUUUGCUUGCUCGGUGGUGAUGGACAGGCACACCUGCAAGCUCUGCUUCCGGCGGUUCCACAAUGGCCGCGCGCUGGGCGGCCACAUGCGCUCCCAUGUCAUGGCCGCCGCGGCGACGGCAGCGUGCUCGCCGCCGCCGCGUCCGCAGUCGCCGCCGCUCUCCCUGGCGUCUACCUCGUCGACCGAGAUGGGCGGCGAGGCGGCGCAGCGCAGGCCGGCGCUGGCGCCGCGCGGUUUACGCGACGGCGCCAGGAGAAGGCUCGGGAUCGGCGCCCCUGAAUUCUCCGGCGGUGGGGCGCCCGGCGGCAACUUGUCGGUCGUGCAGGACGGCGAGAGCGACACGGAGUCGUCCCCGCGGUUCGUCGUGAGCCGCCGGCGCUCGAAGCGGGCGCGCCGUCGCGCCUCGCUGCCGCCGCCGCCGGAUCCCGAGCAGCCGGCGAGCAGCGUCUCCGACGCCACGACGGAGGAGGACGUGGCCAUGUCGCUCGUGAUGCUGUCCCGGGACUUGUGGGCGCGGUCCAGAUCCGGGCCCGAGCGCCACUGGGGCCCGGCAGCGAGCUCGGAGGCCGAGCAGAACAACGGCGGCGGCGCGGACGAGGCCGAGGCCGAGCACGACCAGGAUCACGGCGUCGCGCGCCCGCGCGGCGGCCGGCACCAGUGCGGCUCGUGCAGGAAGGUGUUCCGGUCGUACCAGGCGCUGGGCGGCCACCGCGCCAGCGUCAAGAAAGGCAAGGGCGGGUGCGUGCCGGUGCCGCCGACGCCUCCCGCCGCGCCGCCGUCGUCCAAGUCCCGCCGCGUCGAGGCCGCCCCGGCGAUCCACGAGUGCCCGUUCUGCCUCCGCGUGUUCGAGUCCGGGCAGGCCCUGGGCGGGCACAAGCGCACGCAGAUGCCGUCCGCCGGCGCGGCGCCCCCCUCGACGCCGGCGAAGUGCGGCGACAGCGGCUCCGGGUCCAUCGACCUGAACGUGCCGGCCGCGGCGGACGACGACUUCGAGCUCUCCGCCGUGUACGACGCGGAGUUCGGCUGCGGCUGCAGGCAGUGAGCCCACCUGCUGACGCUGACGCUGAUCGGUACCCGCCUGCUACCAGCGCCAGCUUCAGAUCGGAGGACGCGCGCCUCAGCAACUACUGCAGACCAGCCGCUGCACGAUGCAAGCCGGAGAUCGAUGGUCGCUCGAGGUAAGGGCUCGGGGGGUCCAAUGGUCCAUGCAACAAACAGAAGGAGAACAGCAGCUGAGCAUUUUGUUCUCUUUCUCUUAUUUUCUCUGUUCGUUAAUCUGUUGCGAUUGGGAGUCUAGCAGCGCGUACCAAAUUAGAUGAAGAGCAUAUUCAAUUCUUUUUGGUCACCUGUACCUAAAUCAACUUGACCCAUUACUUCAAACUUGUCAUUGAAAGGUGGGUGAAGAGAGAACUGCAUUCACCA